AUGACGAAGGAUAAUUUGCAAGAAUGCCAAUCCAAUGGUAAAAACCAACACGUGGUCAGUUGUCCUGAUGAAUGCAAGGUGAAGAGCAUAAACAGAAUAUGCCUUCUUACAGCAAUACUAAAAGUUCUGUACUGCCAAGUGAUGAAGUUGUCAGAGUUUACACUCUGUUUGAUUGAUAUUAUGACAGUAGGGAGGCCAUGGCCUUUCCCGGUCAGACUGAUUGGUGGAAACAUGUGCUCAGGGAGAGUGGAGGUCCUUCAUGAGUCCACCUGGGGGACGAUCUGUAAUGAUGGCUGGAAUCUCAUCAAUGGAGACAUCGUCUGCAGACAGCUGGACUGUGGGAAGGCCGAGUCAGUAACUGGGGUUUAUCAUGGACAGGGGGCUGGUGAGAUGUUGUUGAGUGGCGUGCAAUGCAGUGGGACAGAAUCUGCUCUCGAUCGGUGCCUCGCAAACCCCUUCAGGAGCAGUAACUGUUCGCACACCCAGGAAGCUGCUGUCAGCUGCUCAGGUCCAGUCCCUGUACAAUUAGUGAAUGGGAUCAGUAUGUGCUCUGGAAGAGUUGAGGUCUAUCAUGACUCUGACUGGGGGACUGUCUGUGCUAAUGGCUGGGACACAAAUGCAAUGAAUGUGGUCUGCAGAAUGUUGAAUUGUGGGAGAGCCUUGUCAGGAGGUGACUACGGAAACGGGAGCGGGAAGAUUUGGUUGGAUAAUGUGACAUGUCUUGGAACAGAGUCUGCCCUCAGUCAGUGCUCUGCCAAUCCAUGGGGGGUGAAUACUUGCAUUAACAGGAAGGAUGCUGGAGUGACCUGUUCAGGUCCGGUGCCCUUACGUUUGGUGAAUGGUACUAACAUGUGUUCUGGAAGAGUUGAGGUCUAUCGUAACUCCGUCUGGGGAACCAUUUGUGACAAUGGAUGGGACAUAAAUGCAUCGGAGGUAGUCUGCAGAGCGUUGAACUGUGGGACAGCCUUGUCGGCACAGACUGGAGCCUACUUUGGAGCGGGGAGUGAGAACAUCUGGGUUUCAGGAGUGAAAUGUCUUGGGACAGAACCUUCCCUCGAUCAGUGCUCUGUUACUUCCUUGAAGAACUGCACACACAGCCAAGAUGCUGGGGUGAUCUGUUCAGGUCCAGUACCUGUCCGGCUGGUGAAUGGUACCAACAUGUGUUCCGGGAGAAUUGAGGUCUAUCGUAACUCCAUCUGGGGAACUGUUUGUGACAACAGCUGGGAUAAAAAAGCAGCGAGUGUGGUCUGCAGAGUGUUGAACUGUGGGACAGCCCUGUCAGCACCGAAAGGAGCCUACUAUGGAUAUGGGUCUGGACACAUUUGGUUGGAUGAUGUGAAGUGUAAUGGGACAGAGUCUGCCCUCGAUCAAUGUUCUGCUAACCCACAAGUGGGGAAUAACUGCACACACAGUCAGGAUGCUGGAGUUACGUGUUCAGGUCCGAUAUCUGUCCGGCUGGUGAAUGGUUCCAACAUGUGUUCUGGGAGAGUUGAAGUCUAUCGUAACUCCAUCUGGGGAACCAUCUGUGACAAUGGCUGGAAUUUAAAUGCAGCAAGCGUGGUCUGCAGAGUGUUGAACUGUGGGAAGUCUUUAUCCAUAACAAGAAGUGCUUACUAUGGAGAGGGGAGUGGGGUCAUCUUGUUAGAUAAUGUGAAUUGUACUGGGACAGAGCCUGCCCUCGAUCAAUGCUCUGCCAACCCAAAGGUGGGAUAUAAUUGCACACACAAGGAGGAUGCUGGAGUCAUCUGUUCAGGUCCAGUACCUGUGCGGCUGGUGAAUGGGCCUAAUGUGUGCUCCGGUAGAGUUGAGGUCUAUCGUAACUUUGAGUGGGGGACUAUCUGUGACAAUGGCUGGAAUGAAAAUGCACCAAGUGUGGUUUGCAGAGUGUUGAAUUGUGGAUCGGCUUUGUCAGCACAAAGAGGUGCCUACUACGGAAAUGGAUCCGGGGCUAUCUGGAUGGAUAAUGUGAGAUGUAACGGGAAUGAACCUGCCCUCGAUCAGUGUUCUGCCAACCCACAGGUUGGGAGUAACUGCACACACAGAAAUGACAUUGGAGUUGUCUGCUCAGGUCCUGUAUCCGUACGACUGGUGAAUGGAACCAACAUGUGCUCUGGGAGAGUUGAAGUAUACCGUAACUCUUUUUGGGGAACCAUCUGUGACAAUAGCUGGGAUAAAAACGAGUCGGACGUGGUCUGCAGAAUGUUGAACUGUGGGACGGCUGUGUCAGCACCAGGAGGCUCUCAAUAUGGAGCGGGAACUGGAAACAUCUGGUUGGAUAGUGUGAAUUGUAGUGGGACAGAGACUGCUCUUGAUCAGUGCCCUGCCAAUCCACAGGUGGGGAUUAACUGCACACACAGUAGGGAUGCUGCAGUGAUCUGUUCAGGUCCAGUCCCUAUACGGCUGAUGAAUGGUAUCAACAUGUGCUCAGGGAGAGUUGAAGUCUAUCGUAACUCCAGUUGGGGUGCUGUCUGUGACAGUUCGUCAGCCCAGGCGACAGCGGGCAUCGUCUGCAGGGUGUUGAACUGUGGGGCAGCUCUGUCAGCAACAAAUGGUAGUUACUACAGUGGAGAGGGGACUGGUAUCAUCUGGUUGGAUAAUAUGCAAUGUGUUGGGACAGAGCCUGCCCUCGAUCAGUGCAUUGCCAAUCCAAGGGUGGAAAAUAACUGUACACAGGGACAAAGUGCUGAAGCGAUCUGCUCAGGUCCAGUGCCUAUACGCUUGGUGAACGGGCCCAGCAUGUGCUCUGGGAGAGUUGAGAUUUAUCGUAAUUCCACCUGGGGCACUAUUUGCGACAAUGGCUGGAAUAUUCGUGCAGCAAAUGUGGUCUGUAGAAUGUUGAACUGUGGGACAGCACUGUCAGCACCAGGAGGAGCCUACUAUGGAGUGGGGACUGGGGAUAUCUGGUUGGAUGAUGUGAGGUGUAAUGGGACCGAGCCGGCCCUCGAUCAGUGCUUAGCCAAUCCAUGGGUGGGGAAUAACUGCACACACAGCCAGGAUGCUGGAGUUACCUGUUCAGGUCCAGUGCCGAUACGCUUAGUGAACGGGUCCAGCAUGUGCUCUGGGAGAGUUGAGAUUUAUCGUAAUUCCGCCUGGGGCACUAUUUGUGACAAUGGCUGGAAUAUUAGUGCAGCGAGUGUGGUCUGCAGAAUGUUGAACUGUGGGACAGCGCUGUCACCACCAGGAGGAGCCUACUAUGGAGUGGGGACUGGGGUCAUCUGGUUGGAUGAUGUGAGGUGUAAUGGGACCGAGCCGGCCCUCGAUCAGUGCUUAGCCAAUCCAUGGGUGGGGAAUAACUGCACACACAGCCAGGAUGCUGGAGUUACCUGUUCAGAUGUUUUGAAUAUUGCUGUUUUCUUUGCGGAUGACUUUGAGAACCAGUGA